GGAUGGUAGUCAUAGCCGAAAUAUUAGGUACCUAGGUACCUAGGCAGACAGAAUUAAGUAGGCUACGCGCAAGCCACCCGGCUUAGCUAAAGCGCCCAUCAAGAUGGCGAUGCAUGGGCUUUAGCGAUAGCGAGAGUGAGGCCCGAAUGUUAUGACCGUUGGCCACUCGGUCCUCGUCAAAACCGUUCAUUAGCGUAGUUUCAGCAUCAGCAAUACUACUACUUUGACAAUCCGCAGCGCCGUGUUCACCUAUGAUACGCUGAUCUCUUCGACUCUGCAUCUCUUUACGCCAUAGCCGAUCACAGGUUGCGGAGUUGGGCUGGGUAGAAAAUGGUCUUAGCCUCAUUGCUGCCUGUUAAGACCCCUUCAACUUGGAAAUCUUCCUUUCGUCGUGCCUCUAUCCCCCAAGUGUUUUACCCUCUCAUCACUUACUCUAUCCCCGCCGUGAAAUAGGUACUCCUAUUCAUUGUUUCGAAAGGGGCCGCCUUUAAUACAGAUCUGAACCCGUUCUAUACCAUUUGGAGACUGGAUGCUCUAGUUUUCGUUUGGAUCAUUGGGGGAAGCGAUUAUUUACCUUUAUUAUACGCAAAAACCCUGAAUUGGCGACGGUAUCGAUGGCGCCUCCCGACGUAAUACCCUCCAGACAACGACUUUGCGAUCGCUGUCUCAGAUUGGACUUCAUGAAGUUCUUUGGCAGCAAGUGGAAAUACAAUCCAGAUGAUUGCCUCAUCACGAGAGAAUAUUAUAUCCCCCUCAGAAUGCUAGGAGGGCCACUCAAGUCGAUUGACGGCGGUGUAUGUGCCUUAUGUAUUAUCCUCUCACGCGCUGUGGAUGUUUCGUUAGCAGGGACGGCCACUAAACGCGUCCAAGCGAAAAAUUAUGAACUAAGGGUCAUCGCAAUUUCAUGCUCUCAAUUUUCGAAACUCUUCUCGAUAACAAAUGGGCAACCAUUGUAUCUAUAUGUUGGUUCAUCAACCAAUAACCAAGGUUUGAAAAAUGGCAACUCUGACUCCGAUGAAAAAGAACCGAGACGGAGAGGUUGUAUCGUUAUAGAGGAUACCUCGCGCCGACCAGAGCCACUACUAAAUACUUAUUUGGGAAGUUUCGACGCCCAAGUAGUUCUGAAGUGGAUCACUCGGUGCUGGGACCUUGACGGGACGAAGUGCUGUUCCUCGAGCCAGCCCAUUGAUGACCUUUAUCUUAUCGACUGUCGGAAUCGUACCGUCGUCGCCGUCAAAGGACGGCCCGCAUACGUAGCUCUAAGCUAUGUAUGGGCUCCGUCAAGUAACGGGCUGGUAAAUUACCGUCUACGCCAUGGCGAAAAUUGCGAUUAUCUACCUGAUAAUCUCCCCUUGGUAGUCACAGACGCCAUGACUGUGACUCGAUCCCUUGGUUUCUGUUACCUGUGGGUCGACAAAUUCUGUAUCGCUCAAGACCAACCAGCUGUCAAGCACGGACAGAUCAUGCAGAUGGACGCUGUCUAUGCAAAUUCGGAGCUGGUCAUCAUCGCGGCAGCCGGUCAGGACGAGAAUUAUGGGCUCCCAGGAGUCAGUUGUCGUCCACGCGUAGUCAUGCCCACGGUAGAAACAAAAGGCGUGAGGGUAUCAUGGUUCCAGGAACCAGAAGGCCUGAUCGAGAAAUCGAAAUGGAAUACCAGGGGAUGGACUUAUCAGGAAGCAUUUUUAGCUCGGCGCCGGCUCGUCUUCCUUGAUGACCAGAUGUACUUCGAAUGUGAAUCAGCGUUCUACUCGGACAUGGUAGAGGAUUCUUGGACGCACAGGUACAGCACUGGUAAGAGCCGUGGCGGGGUAUGGCGUGCUUCGGUCAUAGCAGAUCAUCUUUAUCAUUUCUGUAAUACCAUCGUAGGGCAGUACACAGCGCGUGAGUUAAGCUACGAUAGCGACUCGCUGUUGGCUCUUGGUGGCGUCUUAAACCACUUUCGAAACGCCGACUUUCGCUUCAAACACGUCUGGGGCAUUCCUUGGGAUAUCAAAGAUCGGAACUGUCGCGUGCUUAAACCCCAGAUUUUCACUCUGGGAUUGUGCUGGAGCCACAUCCGGAAUUGCUGGGAUGGCCCUAAGAAACCUAGACGAAGGACCACUAUACUUAUGUUCCCCUCUUGGGCGUGGGCUGGAUGGGCAGGCCAGGUUAGAUACCUAACUUUCAGAGAAGAAGAUCAAUAUCGCACUAGGAUGUCCGCGAUACGAAUCUAUGGCAUGCAUCUAGAGAACCGAAUCUGUGACAUCCAUCUAGAGGACCUACAUGGCAAUACAGUUGCGUUGAGCACAGUGGCAAAAUCAGGUGAAAUAAGAGAGAUGCUUCGGUACCCAAUUUUAUGCAUCAAAACUUGGGCGAUACCUCCUGAUCGGAUCGACCUCAAGGAAGGGCAAAAUGGCGAAGUGCGUGGGAGCCUAUGUGGAUGUGAGGUGGAUGUGUUCUUGUCAGAGGGAAAAGCCGAGCUAUUGGACAAAUUAAGUAAAACGGGAGGGCGAUGGCGUUGCAUUUUCUUAAUCAUUUAUAGGGAUAGUCGCGGACUUAAAAUUGUAUACACAUUCCUAAUCCUCAGAAAGGAGAUGGAUCAAAAUUUGUGGGUGCGUGUUGGUAUUUUGCAGCUAAAGGAUUGGAUAACGAAGCCGUUAUUUGCCAAUAAAGACACCGAAGCGUUUUGUAAAGAGGAAUUUAAAAUAAAGUAAGUAAAAUUGGAUGGGCAUUAAAAGUGGUUAUUUAACUUGGUGUCAGUGAAGAUGUUUGGUGUAUUUACAUAUUUCAGGUAGACAUCACUUAAUCCAGAGGUACUUUUUCAUUGGUAA